CAUAAUGCCCACGAUUAUCAAAGGUAUACAUCUGAAAUUGUCAAGAGUAUCCUUGUAGAAUUCUGCCCUUGGCAGGCAAAUGUGGCGUCUGCAAGACAAUUCCAGAGUAGAGUGGGGAGCUCUUCCGUGAGGCAAACCAAUCUCAAAUGUUCUGUGAAAACCAAGGUGAAAAACGACGGAUCGCCUCCUUCAGUCACAGUAUUAUUUGAUAACGGAAAACAACUGAUCUUCAAGAGUAGGUACCUGAGCUCCACAGAGAUGCUUCAGAGGUUUGCAGCCUUGAAUCUGGAGCGUGAGAAGGCGCUUGAACAGUCUGGUACGGAAGGGUAGCACCUAUAGUACCCAGGAACUUUACUUGGUCACCAGACCCACAUUAUCACGUUGCAUUGGUGCAUGAGCCAUUUCUCAAAUCUCAAUUGAGUACCUAAGUGGAAGAAGGGCCCAACUCCAACAAAACCUUUAUUAAGUUCAAAAGAAAAAACUGAAUAUUUUUGACGGAGUUGCAAAGGAAAUCAAUUACAUGUAAGUCUACUAGGCCAAAAUGGUGGAGUUGGGCCUUGCUUUUAGUAAGGUAUUCAAUUUGUCUCAAAGCUUCGACUUCAUUUUGAGCUUAUGUCAUCUUCAAGUCACCCAUGAGACAGUUUAAUGUUCCUGUUACCAAGGUAAUGGAAAAUGGAGCAGCAACAAGACCAAAGGUCUCAUCAUCCAAGAUCCCCAUCAAUUUAUGAGUCUUCAAGUAACGCUGGAAGUGAAACUAUGGUCUAGGAAUCAGAUGUGUAUACCUGUACAUUGGAGAGUGCAAGUUUUAUUACAUGUACAAUUAGAUGGACGGAAAGCAAGUUGUAGUCUUGUGAUAGCUUUGCCGUGUUUUGGCGACCCCCGACCAGAAAUAUGUUUGUGACAUCAGAGCAAUAGCCAGGAAGAUGUUCAGCUUUGUCCAUACAAACAAAGAACCAGACACAAUCAGUUCAUGUUAAGGAGCAUCAUUUUCACUCAAUAUUUGGGGUGUUUCUCACCAGUGCUGCUUUCUUUUCGUGUGCAUUCUAGAGGAAUGUAUCUCUUUGAUUCGCUGCAUUUACCAACAAAAUUUGAAAUGUAUAAUUCACUUAUUUGAGGAACGAAAACAAUAUUCUGUUCAUUUUUCACCAUUUUGAACUAGGGCAUAACCAACUCUAACCUUCAGUUCUCGUUUGGUCGGAAUAAUGACGUCACAGAGGCAUAACCAAGUCGCAAAGUAGUUCAGGGUUCCGGUUGCCUAAUCACGCCCCUGUACAUGUAUCUUUCAACUGUCGAGAGUGAGACUAGCCAUUUUACAGGACGCCUCCUUAUUUGUAUUCCUGGGGACUUUGGCUUUGCAAUUGACUUGUGUUGUAACAAAGUGUCGCUUUGCCCUUUGAAUAAUUUUAUAUGAACAUGGGGGGCGGUAAUUCUAGAAAAGUCUACAAGGGAAUUUGUGCGCUAACAGACAUCUGAAAUGGUUCUUUAUACGUAUCAUGGAGUUAGAAGUAUUGAUGGGGGAUUAGGGGCUAAGAAAAGAUGUGACAGGGGUGGGUUUAGGAAGAAGUGGAGGAGGGGGGGGAAUUAUUGAUAUUUAAGGUUAUUAAGCCCACCCUAUCUAGUAUCCUGUAGCAGGUCUGUAAUUAAGUGAAAAGAAAGAAUAAUUCAGAUGAUGUACUGCUUGUAAAUCUGUCAUGGAGACCCAUGAUUUCUGUCACUGAAACUGAUCAUUUCAAAGAUGAUUGUGUCACUAGUGUGGCAAAUCCAUAAAAACUUUUUAAUUAAAUAUGCUUGGCUUAAAAUUGAAUUUGGCGUCUCAGUGAGGGCCUUUUAAUGAGUGGUUGGUAUUAAAACACUUUGGCAGAUCUAUUUGCUGCCCAUGCAUUUAAUGGGCAACAAUAUUGUGAUCAUAUUAUAUUGCCUGCAGAGAGUCUCCAUUAGCCUGUCAUGAAAACCAUCGUUUGUUCUCAAUAAAAAGUGAAUAGGA